AAUUGGCAGAGGGAGUCCAGUGUAGGGGCGGACGGGAAGUAGCGUAUGGGAGGGACCAACCCAGUUUAACACACUAAAUGUCAUAUCGACAUUUUCAACAGCUUGCAUACAGCUGUCAAAUUGUCUGUGAAUAAAUGAAAAAAGUUCAAGUCUGUCUGGCCCGCUAUUCUCAAACCGGAUUGGCUCAUCGUUGCACGUGCCCGCGACUAACAGCUUUAUAUUUGCACCCUCAGCCCGUUUCUUUUCAUUUACUUAGGCUACCAGUUGUAACCUCGGGUCUUUAGACAUCAUGAUGAUGUUAUGCUCGUGCGGUUGUUUUAUUUAUUGCCUCUUAAUGUUAAUACUUGGGGUCGAGGGAACAUACAGACAUUAUGGAUACCAACCACAACAGAUGUACGCGGACCGACCUUCUGCACGAGCCUUUAAACAGAAUUUCUUACACAACGUGCAAGCGCAACAAGGUGCCAUCAAUGCAGGAGCACAUGGCAAUAACUAUAGGUUUUAUGGCUACCAUCAUUAUCACAAGCCUGCGCGGAUGUGGCCCCCAUUCGCAUACCAGCAGCCCACAGCUUCUCCUCCAGCUCCUGCUCAACCAGUCGGUACCCAGAGCAGCACCUCCCCCAUCCACUGGGCUACCACAACAGCACCGACGGAGAUGUGCAAGAGUCGCCCUCUCGACCUGGUCUUCAUCAUAGACAGCUCACGCAGUGUGCGCCCUGCUGAGUUUGAGAAGGUAAAGGUCCUUCUGUCAGACGUGGUGGACACUCUGGACAUAGGCCCUGACGCCACACAGGUGGCGGUGGUCAAUUAUGCAAGCACAGUAAAAAUCGAAUUCCUGCUAAACACCUAUUCCAACAAGGGUGACCUGAAACAGGCACUGGCACGAAUCGACCCGCUUGCCACAGGCACAAUGACUGGCUUGGCCAUCAAGACGGCCAUGGACGAGGCCUUCACCGAAGUGUCCGGGGCCCGGCACACCUCCAGAAACAUCGCCAAGGUGGGCAUCAUUCUCACCGAUGGGAGGCCCCAGGACACGGUGGAAGAGGUGUCUGCGGCAGCCCGUGCCUCUGGGAUUGAGAUCUAUGCUGUGGGCGUGGACAGAGCGGACAUGCAGUCUCUACGUCUCAUGGCCAGUCAGCCUGUUGAUGAGCAUGUUUUUUAUGUGGAGUCCUUCGGGGUCAUUGAGAAACUCACCUCCAAGUUCAGGGAGACUCUAUGUGGCUUUGACCGCUGUGCCCUUGGACAUGACUGCCAACACAUAUGUAUCAGCAGCAAUGCUUCAUACAACUGCAAGUGUCGGGAGGGAUAUGUCUUGAAUGAAGACAAGAAAACAUGUUCACAAAUGGACAACAACUGUGUUCCUGGACAGCCAUGCCCACCUACAUGUGUGUUAGUCGACGGUUCACUAGAGUGCACAUGUCCAGAGGGAUAUGCCUUGAGUGGCGACAACGAAACAUGCUUACCAAUGGAGAGCAACAACUGUGUUCCUGGUCAGCCAUGCCCACCUACAUGUGUGUUAGUCGACGGUACACUGAAGUGCACAUGUCCAGAGGGAUAUGCCUUGAGUGACGACAACGAAACAUGCUUACCCAUGGAUGACAACUGCAAGCCUGGACAGCCAUGUCUGCCUGCAUGUGUGACUGUCGAUGGGUCACUGAAGUGCACAUGUCCAGAAGGAUAUGCAUUGAGUGACGACAACGAAACAUGCUUACUGACAGAGAACAGCUGUGUUCCUGGACAGCCAUGUCCGCCUUUAUGUGUGACCGUCAAUGGCUCACUAAAGUGCACAUGUCCAGAUGGCUAUACCUUGAGUGAUGACAACGCAUGCUUACCAAUGGAGAGCAACAACUGUGUUCCUGGACAGCCAUGCCCACCUACAUGUGUGUUAGUCGACGGUUCACUGAAGUGCACAUGUCCAGAGGGAUAUGCCUUGAGUGACGACAACGAAACAUGCUUACCAGCAGAUAACAGCUGUGUUCCUGGACAGCCAUGUCCACCUUUAUGUGUGACUGUCAAUGGCUCACUAAAGUGCACAUGUCCAGAUGGCUAUACCUUGAGUGAUGAUAACGCAUGCUUACCAAUGGAGAACAACUGUGUUCCUGGACAGCCAUGCCCACCUACAUGUGUGUUAGUCGACGGUUCACUAGAGUGCACAUGUCCAGAGGGAUAUGCCUUGAGUGGCGACAACGAAACAUGCUUACCAACAUGUAACCCAGGAGAGGAAUGCCCACCCACACAUGUCAUGAUCAACGGCUCACUGCAAUGCACAUGUCCAGAGGGAUUUGUCUUGAGUGCUGACCAAAAAUCAUGCUCACAGGAAGUACAAGGUACGGUGACUGAGGACCCAUGUAUGUGUGAGGCUCAGAUUGCCUUCCAGAGGAAGGUUCAAGCAACAAUUCAAGAUCUUACCAGCAGACUAGCUGAGGUCACCCGGAAAGUUGAAGAAUUCCAAGGCAUGCGAUGAUUCCAGAGAUUGGCCAGAGAUCAUUUUCUGGAAAAAUACUAUAAUUUCCUGCAAAGCAUCUUCCAUAUAACCAGCAGUAGAUUAAUAAUGAAAUUGUUUUACAUGCCAUGCAUUAUUUUAAGUCUGUAUAACAAUGUGUUCUGUAAAAUAUCAGGGGCAAGGUUGUCAGUAAUGAUGUAAAUGAUAUAAAUGGAAAAAACGUGCAAUUAGCCCACUGUGUGAUCAACAUGUUGGAAAAGCCAGUAUUUGUUUCCCCAUUUGGAUAUUUUGAAUUGCGGCAUUAUUUUUGUAUACAUUGUGUUGUUGUUUUUUUUAGAUUUAAAUAUUAUGUAUAACCUUAAGGAGGUUUAAAAUGAAAAUGAAUGAAGUUAUCUUUGAAAUGUCUGUGUAAAGUUAAAAUAUAUUUUGCUUUAUUUUGGAUAUUUGUGAAGAUGUGGAUGGACAUUAAAAAUGUACUUCCAUAGG